GUCUCGAUCGAGGGGCAUUCAAACUCACGAACACCACCUUGCCAGCACCUGCCUGCCGCCGUCAUCCGUCAUGUCCUCGCCGCCGCGCAGCGCAUCGGGCUCCGGCCCCUCUGCGUCGUCAUCGCCGUCGAGCAGCGGGCUCCGUGAUGGCUUUUCGCUCGACACGACGAAAGUGAGCGGGCGGGCGCAUACGACGCCACAGCGGCUCCUCCGCUUCCACCUCGCACACGACGAUGCGGGCGACAGCUACCACGAGAUUCCGCCGAACCACUUUCUGGCGCAGCAGAGGCAGCAUGCGGCUGCUGGGCCGAGCGGGCACAGCAAGACGCCCUCGUGGGCCGGUGCAGGCACAGGCACGGGCAGUGGAAGCGCGAGCUCGCGGACACCGACGCGCAUACAGAGGUCUCCCUCGUGCGAUGGCACCGCCCAGGAGCUGGCCUCGUCGCCCUCGUUGGAGCGCGACCUGGCUGGCGGUCUCGGUGCGAUGGCUGCCAACCUUUCAUCUUCUGCUGCUGCUGGUACUGCAGUCGCACCGAUGGUGGUGGGCGGGCAGCGGGCGACGAGCAUGCCCGACACGUCGACGCUGGCUGCCGCCGAUUUCGACAUCGACGUUCGCUCGGGCUUCCUGCCGCCCGAGGAGCCCGUCCGCCGGCUCGACGGCAUCGAGGGCGAGCUGUGGGAAGCGGCGCUGGAGCGGGCCAUGGCGAUUCCGCUGCGAAAGAGCGGCGGGGGCGCCGCCGUGGCCAGCGCGGACAAGCGCGCUGCGAGGCAGUGGCGUCGCUCGGUUCGCGACAUGCUCGUCCUGCACCCUUCGCCGCAGCUGAGGGAUGACGUGCGCUAUGCGCGGCGUGGCCAUGUCGUCCUCUCCUUUCUCGCCCACUUCUACAUCCACUCGCAGCCGGACCCCCUCCCGAGGCACGACGCUUCUUCCACUGCUGCCAAGUCAUGGCAGGCCUGGCUCAAGCGGCCCUCGUCGACUCCGCAGUCGGACGAUGCCAACGGCGACAACGAUGACGGCGACGACGACAACGAUGCCCAGGACGAGCGCGACGAGUCGGCAGGCCGGUACCUGGCGCGCGUGCCAGCAUCGCUCGCCGUGCCCUGGAUCGCCCUCUCGGAGCAGCUCGACAUCCCUCCCGUGCUCACGUACGCCGACACGGUGCUCUGGAACUGGCACCUCAAGGAGCCCAGCGCGGGCUUCCACGCCGACAAUGUCGCCAUCACGACGACAUUCACCGGCACCGUGUCGGAGUCGCACUUCUUCCUCACCUCGCUCCUCAUCGAGCUCCGGGGUGUCGAAGCACUCACGCUCAUGCGCCGCAGUCUCGACGAGGCCUUCGUCGCCGACGGCGUCGCCCGCCGCCGCGUCGCCCACUACCUCCGCCGGCUCGCCAAGGUCGUCGGCGUGCUCACGGACCUGCUGUCGCAGGUGCGCACCGGCUGCGACCCCCGCGUCUUUUACUGGGGCAUCCGGCCCUGGUUCAACGGCGGCGACAGCGCGCCGGCCAAUGCGCGCGGCGACAAGGGCUGGCACUUUGAGGGCGUCGAUGCGGAUUCCAACGGCGAGGACGACGACGACGAGCGGCGGCUGUUUACCGGUCCCUCGGCGGGCCAGAGCUCGCUGAUCCAUGCCAUCGACGUCUUUCUCGACGUGGACCACACGCGGCGCAAGCCUCGCGUCAGCCGCAGGGGCCUCGUCCCGGUCGCCGAUGCAGUGGGCAACGCCACUACUGCUGCUGCUCCAGGACAGCGCGCACAGACGGACGAUGCGACGUUCAUGGAGCGCAUGCAGCUCUAUAUGCCCGGCCACCACCGCCGGUUCCUCACCCACCUGCGCGACCUCAGCUUCGACGAGGUCGAGGACCGCCCGCGGCCGUCGGCCAGCGAGGAGAGCCAGGGUCGACGCCGGGGCAAGGGCAAAGGAAAGGCCAGAGAAAUGGACAUGGAUGCUGAUGGGGAGGGAGACAAUGGAAUGAAGGAUGAAGACGGAGACGAGGCGAUGGGAGAGGCAGGAGAAGACGAGGAGAUGAGAGAGGCAGCAGAGGAGGAAGAGGAAGAGGAAGAGGAAGAGGAGCCGGCCCCAUCGCACCCCAUCCGCUCCCUCGCCAUGGCCGAUCGCGACCACCACGGCCGGCCCCUGGCGGCUGACGACAGGCUCCGGGCGUCGUACGACACAGCGCUGCGUGCGCUCAAGAGCCUGCGCGACGAGCACAUGCGCAUCGCCACCCUCUACAUUGUCAGCCAGGCCCGGAGCCCCCCACCGAGCGAGUAUGCGCUGCUGAGUGACCUCAUGACGCAGAAGAAGCCGCCGUCAGAGCAGGUUGGCGGGAACCAGGACGGCGGAGGCGGCGGCGGCCAGAAGGGCACCGGCGGCACCGACCUUGUCUCCUUUUUGAAGCAGUGCCGGACAAACACCAUCGAGGCGCUCCUCGGCGAGCAGGCGUAGCCUCAUCAAGAACAGUACUACUCUGGGAGUCUGUAUGCUACGUAGAUAUACCCAUGCAUAUUAGCAAUAAUGCCACUUCUCCCUCUGCAAGUCGCCCUGAGCAAACCCGUCCAGGCACAUUGUUAUGAUUUUACCGCAAAUUCCGUCAGCAGGGCGCGCGUCGGAGCUAUCUUUAUCUCCC